UCCAAUUUCUUUUGACUUAUAAUAUCCACAGAUGCCUGAAUUCUGUACUCUCAAUACAUUAAUAUGAGUUUUCUGAGUAGCAUGGACCUGAAAUACAGGAUGGUUGUGCAGUAUUUGUCUGCCUCAACCAAGGAGCGAUGCAAGGUGGCCUUUCUGGCUGGUACUGUUAAGAAGUAUUGAUGAUCGACUUCUCUCAAGAUAGUUGUGGUCAUUAAUUCACACUAGCUGUGCAAUUCAGAUUGAUUUGUUGUCACUCCAUCUUCCUUUUAUCACCUGGAAUAUGUUUCUGGGAUCGCAGUGUUUUAUGCCCUGAGACCAAGGAGUUGGUUUAUGCUUUUCAUAGCCUACUGGGUUGAGAAGAGCAACCACUCUUUUGGGACUCCAGAAUAAAUUCUGCUGAAAGAGCAUUUUGCUUGUGAGGAAGCUGGUUUAGUUUCUGCAUGGUGCACUGUAGUAUGCUGGGCAAUGUAUGUGCUAAUGAAACAUUUAAAGACUUUUGUUUUCUUUUGUAUUUUGGGGUCAUUACUGUGAAGCUUAUUAGGUAAUCUGAAGGAUGCCGAAUUACAGAUCUGCUUAAUGCUCAUGGCAUGGGGGUUGAAACUAGAUGAUCUUAAGGUCCCUUCCAAACUUAACCAAUCUAUGAUUUAUUCUGGAGAUGUUUUAGGUUAAAAUUUUUGGAAUAGGGAAGUGAGCUGAGUACAGAACACUGCAAUCUCUUGUUUUUUUCUUCUUUUUUCCUUUAUGAAUAAGUACUAAUAAAUGCAAAGAACAAAAGCCACUUUUGACUUUAUUCGGGCAAAGUUCCCGUUAGCUUUUGAGAGUGUUGUGCAAGUAAAGGUAUGCACUUUUAAUUUCCUGCACUUAAAUAGCGAAAUGUCAUGAAAUACAGAAGGGGGGUGCAUGCCUUUAUUUCAUUAUUAAAAAGGGCAUAUUGUGCACACAGCAUCUUUUUUUUUUUUUUUGCCUAACUGCAUUUAUUUAGCAAGCAUCUUAAAUGAGGGAAAUCUUGCUGUUGUUUUAGUUCAUAAUAAAGCUGAUACUCAGUUUAAACGGGACAUGUUUCUUGCAGAAUGCUUCAGUUAUACUCAGUAUGUGUGUGUUUCACUUAAGAGAAAUAUAUGUAUAAAUAUCUUAAAAUUGGAGUAAGGAAACAUUUUAGUUUAGUAUUGCAGGAAUUAUAGCUAAUAAUCAGAAUUCGACUUAAAUAUGUGGGGAAGGGGAGUCAAGAUAUUUAUAGUCUUAUGUGCUGCAGAACUUGUGCCACUGUAUUGUAGCUGAGAACAGAAGGUUUUAAUGCCAAGCAUUUUGGUAAUGGAAGUCUAGUCAAAUGAAAGGUUUGUAAAACCUUCAGACUCCGCAGUUAUAUUCUCUUCCUGGAAUAGUCUUACUUAUGCAAGCCAUUCAGGACUCUCUUAAUUUUGUUUAGGUCUUAAAGCCUUUUUUCAUUUGAUUGAUUACCAGGUUGUUUUUAAAGUUUUGGUUGAUUACUUGAUUAGUCCAGUUUACUGUGAAUGUAAUUUCAAUUGUGAAAUGUCUUUCAGAUCACCUCAGAUGGUUUAAUGCUUUUCUGUUUUGCUGUUGAGUCUUCAGUUUUAAAUGCUAAUGCUUGAAGGCAAACAGUGAUUUGAGUUGCACUGUCUUCAUGUGUUUAAAAUAAUCCUGUCGAAUGUUAUUUAAUAAAUAACUGCAUCUGUGUUACAGUACGUGGUCCAGUCAGGAAAGGAAAUGCUGCAUUUAAAGACCAGAGCCAGCUGAACAACAUAACUAUACCAUGCUUCGAAAUGUCCUAGGAAAAACCUUUCGCUUUCUUGGGUAUACUGUGCAAUAUGGCUGCAUAGCACAUUGUGCCUUUGAGUACCUUGGAGGAAUUGUUGUGUGUUCUGGACCUUCAAUGGAACCAACCAUUCAAAAUUGUGAUAUUGUCUUUUCGGAGAACCUUAGCCGCCACUUUUAUUGCAUUCGAAAAGGAGACAUUGUAAUUGUGAAAAGCCCAAAUGACCCCAAAUCAAAUAUCUGUAAAAGAGUAAUUGGCUUGGAAGGGGAUAAAGUCUGCACAAGCAACCCUUCAGAUUUCCUUAAGAGUCACAGCUAUGUGCCUAAAGGACACGUUUGGUUAGAAGGCGAUAAUCUCAGGAAUUCUACAGAUUCCAGGUGCUAUGGACCUGUUCCUUACGGACUGAUAAGAGGACGCAUUUGUUUUAAGAUAUGGCCUCUGAAUGACUUUGGAUUUCUACGUGCAAGCCCCAAUGGCCACAGAUUUCUGGAUGAUUAAAAGAUUUAAGUGACUACUGCCAGCUUUCCUAGUAUUUUCUACUAAAAUUAAUGGAACUGUUUUUGUUUAGAAUAAACACAAGUGUGAUUUCAUAA